UCUUCAGUCGGGGAAACGGAGAAAAGUAGUUCUCGGAUUCGAUUUUUUAUUGACUCUAGUUAGACAAGUCAAAUAUGUAAAGUAAUCACCUAAACCAGUAUGAUUUCAUUAUUUGAUAAAUUCUCCAAUUCACCCGGAGAUGAAACGAGAGGAAAAUAAUUCACGUCAAGACAUCGAACCUUUUGAGUGACACUGGAAGUCUUGUGGUGUGGCUCUUGUUGGCAGAACCUCAUGCUGUCCCCUUCUCCUGACUGGCCUUUCAGAAUGAGAGUGGGACCUGCAGCAUUCACAUCUUAGGAUCAGUAGAGGAGAAGCUACAGACUCCAGUAUGGAGCACCCGCAGGCCAACGGGAUCUCCACCCAUGUCUCUGUCCCCCACUCCUCCCCUUCUUCCGAUAGGAAGUCGGAGGUCAAAGCUGAGGAGGAGGAGGAGGAGGAGGAGGAUAUGGAGGAUGUGCCCCUGAUACAGCCGCUGAGCUCCCGCCACAGGCCGCGUGACUCCUACAACCUGGUGUACGUCAUCUUCUUCCUGCUGGGCAUCGGCUCGCUCCUGCCCUGGAACUUCUUCGUCACAGCCAAGCACUACUGGCUCUACAAGCUGAGCAACAGCUCCAGCUCAGCAGUCCAGGAGCUGCACUCCGAUCUCAGCGAUUACUUUGAGAGCUACCUGGCCAUUGCCUCCACCGUUCCUUCAGUGCUGUGCCUGGUCCUUAACUACCUCCUGGUGAACAGGCUUUCCGCUGACAUGCGGGUCCUGUGCUCCCUGGCUGUGAUCCUGGUCGUGUUCGUAUUCACCACGGCGCUGGUAGAGGUGGAUGUGUCUGGCUGCAGGGAGCAGUUCUUCGCGGGGACCCUGGCCAGCGUGGCACUGGUCUCCGGCGCCUCCAACGUUUUCAGUGGCAGCGUGUUUGGCAUAAGCGGCCACUUCCCCAUGAAGAUCUCGCAGGCGCUCAUAUCAGGGCAGGCGAUGGGCGGCACUCUGAGCGCCGUGGCAUCCGUGGUGGACCUGGCCGCCGCGAGCGACGUGAGCACCAGCGCGCUGGUCUACUUCCUCACGGCCGACGUCUUCAUCCUGCUCUGCAUCGCCAUGUACCUGCUGCUGCCCAGACUGGCCUACUGCAGGUACUACAUGGAGGCAGCCUACCCUGGUCCCGUCGUGCCUGACGGAACUCUCACCUCUCCGGAGUCCAGCCACCCAGCUGCCCCGACCGUCCCCUCCGUACCCCCGCUCUGUCCCAUCCUGAGGAAGACGUGGAAGCUGGGCCUGUACGUCUUCUACGUCUUCUUCAUCUCCAUCGCCAUCUUCCCGGCCGUGUCCUCUGGCAUCCAGUCAGUGGACAGCGGCACGGGCGCCCCGUGGACCACCACCUACUUUGUGCCGCUCACCAGCUUCUUGCUGUACAACGUGGCGGACUUCUGCGGGCGGCAGGUGACCGCCUGGCUGCAAGUGCCGGGUCCCACCAGCCGGGUCCUGCCCGCCUUGGUCCUCUGCAGGACCGUCCUGGUGCCCCUGUUCAUCCUCUGCAACUACCAGCCGCGCUACCACCUCACCACCGUGCUCUUCUCUCACGACCUCUUCCCCGUGCUCUUCAUCUCGCUGCUGGGUCUCUCCAACGGCUACCUCGGCACGCUGCCCAUGAUCUACGGGCCCAAGGUGGUCCCACGCGAGCUUGCAGAGCCUGCAGGCGUGGCCAUGGCCUUCUUCCUAACAGGGGGGCUGGCAGUAGGCUCGGCCUUCUCUGUCCUCUUGGUUCACUGUAUCUGACUGCAUGCCGAGGCCAGUUGCGGUCGUGGGGGCGGAGAUUCCGCCACGGACAUACUGGCUAGCAGGGCCUGGUUUGGCCCAAGGGCUACAGUGUUCACAUGAUCUUGCAGGAUGGACAUGCAGGGCUUUUCGUGGAGCUACACGGAAGUACUCCCAUUCAGUGCCAAAGAUAUGCGUGCACAGAAUAUUGCUAAUUUAUUCUUAAUGGGUGCUUUUUUUUUUUUUUUUUUAAGAAUUUUAAUUUUUUUUUUUGUAAGGUAUGAUUUUAGUUUCUUCAUUGAAACAUAAUGAUUAAGACUGCAGACAUCUUUGAUAGAACAACCUUUGCACAAAAACUUGUUUGAGUUCCUAUAGAUCACAUAUAUGUACUCUAGGGAAUAACAAGCUUCAUACUUGCUAUUUGCUUAGCAGCACAGAUUUCUGUUCAAGAUCACAGGUAUGAGAUCAAAGCCAAUUUCCCAUCAAGUUAAAGCUGCUGUAACUGAAUCUUUUUAUAUAUGUUACUCAGAGUGGGGAGGGGAAUGCCCCAGUAACUGAUCUUGUCUCAGCAGUUAAAAAUGUAUGCGUGAUCUGGGUCUAUUAACCAAUCAGGAAAUGUCUUUACAGGGAGGUGGUUUUCUCUGAGCAUGCAUGCAACACAAUUAUACACUAAGCACCAAGUGUCUUUGGAAGGAAGGGCUUUGGAGAAAGAUUUGGAUAGUGUGGGAUUGAAAUGAAGGGACUUGUUGGUUAAAUCUGGCAGAAGUUGCAAAGAAGUAUAAAAUCAGUAGGAUCUGUAAAUUUGUAUCAUUUUUAAGAUUCUGUUGCAUAUUGCACCUAAGCAGCAUGAACAAAGCUGUAGACAGUGUUCAUUUGGAAAAUUUUCCAUGCGUAGGAAUCUUGCCAAAGAAACGCAUAUUUUGGCAUUUGAUUUCCUUCACAGAUGCCAACAAAUAAGAGACCAGACCCCAGCACAUGGGCAGAGACUAGUGUCUCCAAAAAGGAAUUUGCCUGGUUAAGUUCCAUUUUCCAAAUUGGAAAUUCAUGUAGCACCUUUUUUCACUGUGUAUAUUCAUUACUGUCCUUUGAUACUUCGUAUGAAACCAGGCCCUGUUGGGAAACACUACAGAGCUCUUGGUCAUCUGCCUCCCCAAACCAUGAGAACCAAGCACAGGAUGAGGGAGAUUGGUGUGUGUAGUGUUGCAUGCAGUAACAGAGGCCACCACGUUUGAGACAAACUCCUCCAGCAGCACAGAUCAUGUUAACACAUGUCUGUCUUAUUGUUUACAGGAACAACAAAUAAACUCCUUAAUCUUA